AUGUUGCUGAAAUUAAGCUUGUCGUUUUCAUUGGUUUUUCAAGCAUGCAUCGGCAUUAGUUUCCAGUGUCGUGAUCAAAAAAACGAGGACGUGGAUUGGUUCAUAUUUUACAAAAUUGGUCGCAUAAAGAAAUCACCCGCAAAAUUUGUUCGUAAUGGUUUUGCUUUCUUAUAUAUGGAUGCUAAGCGUCAAGAGUGGUCACUUUCGGCAGUUGAGAUUGAUAACCCGAAGCAAGCUAUUGGCCAUACUCUACAGCAAUAUUAUGAUAGUAUAAGUAAUCCUGAGAUUUUUAGUAUAAUGUAUAAUGAUGAAUUCCCAUAUCCCAACAAUGACACUUCGUCAGGAACUUCGGGACAUACUAAAGGAGUUGUGGUAUUUGGAAAAAGCAAUGGUUUCUGGUUGAUACACAGUGUACCAAAGUUUCCCAGAAAUGAUACUUAUGAAUAUCCAUUCACUGGACGUCAUUACGGACAAAUGGGAUUAUGCAUUUCAAUGUCUUAUUCACAAUUACAUAAAAUUGCUAUUCAACUAUAUUAUAAUCAUCUUUUCAUUUAUUCACAAAGGCUUCCAGCGCAAAUGGCCGAUGACAUACCUGUUCUUGUGAAAGUGGUAUCAAAAGAAUAUCAUCGUGCUGUUCCUUAUGUUAGUCGUGUUGUGAUGCAUUCUUCUGCAGGCCAUGAAUUUGUUCACUUCGCGAAAACUCACCUUUAUUUCGAUCUCGUGGCACCUGCUCUUAAAAGUUCAUUGAAAACAGAAACUUGGCAACAUGAAACCUCAAAAAAUAGGAAUCUCCACUCUUGGUGUCGUAAAUACAGUUCUUUUAAGGUUCUAGAUGUGAAAAAGGUUACUCUGCCUUUUAAUAUCACUUUUCCAAACGCGCUUGAUCAUUCCAAAUUUGCUGUUGCCAUAUUGGAUCUCCACAAUGUAUCUAUGCCUUGGAUUUGCAUUGGUGAUAUCAAUAGACAGGAAAGCCAGUUUCUCCGUGCAGGUGGUACGAUGUGUUUCGCCAGUCCUGAAGUGCAUUCCGUUUAUACUGCUAUGAUACCAGACUAUUGGCCAUGUGUCGGCUAUGGUUCCAAAACUCCGAUUUUUGUUGAUAAUGUUUCGCUAUAA